GGAGACUUCAUUUUAAUGAACGGAACACAAACGGUUGGUGGCACUAUUACAACACGGUCCCAAUCGCCGUUGCGCUAUCGAAGAAGAACGGCAGUUUGUAACCCGGCGGGAAUUGCUCUGUUUGGUUCCGUGAGACAAGAGAAACUUCAGAUAAAUCAGCGCUACAUUGAGACAGCAGUAGAAAUGCCCGGUGCUGAUAAAGAGACGGAUCUGUCCGAGCGCAUUGAAGCGUUUCUGGCUGAGCUGAAGCGCUGCGGCAGCGGGACUGGAUCUCUCCGGGGCUCCGCCGAAACUGCCCGAGAAACGAGCGCUCUACUCCGCAGAAUCACUGCGCAGGCCCGCUGGAGCAGCGCCGGUGAGCUGAUGGAGAUCAUACGGAAGGAGGGCAGACGGAUGACCGCAGCGCAGCCGUCGGAGACCACUGUCGGUAACAUGGUCCGCAGGGUGCUGAAAAUUAUUAGAGAAGAAUAUGCAAGGUCCAGAGGCAGCAGCGAGGAGACCGAUCAACAGGAAUCUCUGCACAAGCUGUUGACGUCCGGAGGAUCCAGUGAGGAAAACUUCAGACAGCACUUCACCCAUCUCAAAGCCAAUGUCAUUGAAGCCAUUAAUGAACUGCUGACAGAACUGGAGGGCACCACAGAUAACAUCUCCAUGCAGGCGCUGGAACACAUCCACUCUAAUGAGGUCAUUAUGACUAUCGGUCGCUCCAGAACGGUAGAAGCCUUUCUAAAGGACGCAGCACGGAAACGCAAAUUCCACGUUAUAGUUGCCGAGUGUGCACCCUUCUGUCAGGGACAUGAAAUGGCCACAAGUCUCUCCAAAGAGGACAUUGAGACAACAGUCAUCCCAGACGCUGCCAUCUUUGCAGUGAUAUCAAGAGUCAAUAAGGUCAUCAUCGGCACUCAGACAGUUCUGGCUAAUGGGGGUCUGCGGGCGGUUAACGGCACCCACACAUUGGCUCUGGCUGCCAAACAUCAUUCAACGCCUCUCAUUGUGUGCGCACCAAUGUUCAAGCUCUCACCGCAGUUUCCUAAUGAGGAGCACACAUUCCAUAAAUUUGUUUCACCACAUGAAGUGCUUCCCUUUACUGAAGGUGAGAUCUUGUCUAAAGUCAACGCUCACUGUCCAGUAUUUGACUAUGUGCCUCCAGAACUGAUCACACUGUUUAUCUCAAACAUCGGUGGAAACGCACCAACAUACAUUUAUCGUUUAAUGAGUGAGCUGUACCACCCUGAAGAUCAUGAACUUUAGACUGGAAA